AUGGUGAAAGCGUACCUCCGGUACGAGCACACGAAAUCCUGGGGCAUCAUCUGCUCGCCCGACGUGAACGCGUGUUAUCACGAAACGAGUCAUGCUCCCAGUGCGACAAACCAAUCCUCGACGUCGAAAUUCCUCUUCACCGCCGCCGGGGAAACGAUAAACGUGUUCGAUUGCUCGCAGACGACUUCAACCGGACGAGCGCGCAGAAAACUGUUCGCACCGAAAACGUACCACUCGUCCGAUGGAAGUUACGUGGCGAGUGUACCGAGAGUGACCGCGAUCGCGUGCUCGAGAGACGGUCGAGUCGUCGCCGGCGGGUUCAGCGACGGGUCCGUCAGGCUGUGGCGAAAGCCGUUGAAAGGAGUGCUUUUCUCGUCGGCGGCGAAGGCGGCGCGGGGGCGGCGGCAAAAAGGUGGAGACGAAGAACACGAAUAUCCCGGAGAUGACCUCGAUGAACUGUAUUCGAGCGAUUUUGAGGACGACGAGGAAGAGGAGUUGGAGCAUUGCACGAGUUCGGUGUUGUUUCGCGGUCAUAAAUCCGCGGUGAGCGCGUUGGCGUUUACCGAGGACGGGACGGUGCUGGUUUCCGGAGGGAGGGAUACGGACGUGGUCGUUUGGGACGCGUUAGAGGAGAAAGGGUUGUUUCGGUUAAAAGGACACCGAGGGCAAGUGACGAGCGCGGUUUUCGUGACGAACGCGACGGCAGAUGGCGGGAAAGGGAAGAAGGCGAGGAAGAAAUCGAAGAAAUCGAAGAAAUCGAAGAAGAAGAAGGACGAGAACGAGGAGAUGGAGGACGACGAGAACGAAAACGAGGACGAGGAUGAUAACGACGUAAUGAUGAAGGAAAGCAGCGAAAAUGCCAUCGCGUCGUCAAAUUUCACAAACGUAGCGCUUGUGACGACAUCGAAAGACGGGUUCGCCAAGGUGUGGGAUUUAAUCGGCCAAAGGUGUUGUCAAACGCUGUCCGGUUUUGGAGGCGAGUGUUGGGCGUCCGCGUAUAGCAAACACGUGGUCGUGGACACGAAUAACAGUAACGAUAGUACUAAUCAUAGCAACGACAAGACAAAAUAUGGCAUCGUUGCCAUAGCUGGCGUGGAAAGAGAGAUUAAAUUUUAUUCCGUGUUUAAAGGCGUGGAGAAGGAUUCGUUCCUGCGUCGUCGACAGCGCGUCGAGGAAGAGGCGGACAACGACGACGACGACGAUGAAGACGAUGAGACGAAACAGGCGCGCGAGAACAUUUUAGAUCGAGCGUUGCGUUUACGCUUCAUCGGCUCUUUCGCGAAGGAAGCGCGAAGUCGGACGAUUUCGAUGCAAUUUUCAAACCUCGGCACGGCGUUUGGCGUACAGAGCGUAGGGAAAUCGAUCGAAAUUUACGACGUGAAGAAUGCGGAGGAGAUUGAAAAGAAACGGAAACGAAGAUUGAAACGGCGUCGCGAGAAGGAGAAUAUCAAAAAGUUAAAGUUGGAAGAACAGAAACGACGAGACGAGGAUAGUGAUGACAAUAACGAUGACGACGAGGACGAAGACGAGGACGACGAGAAUAAAUUCAACGCGAAAGACGCGUUUGAGUUAUCUUCCGUCGUUCGCCCGACGGGUAAAUCUGUCGCGCCGUUUGCGUUUCAACCGGAAACUAUGGAUUCGCAUUUGUCAAAAUCUGUAUCCUUAGCCAUCUGUCUCGAUUCAAACGCGAUUGAAGUGUACGAUAUCGCGGACGUUUCUGCGAAGAAAGACCCGAGCGUUAAAGAGGCAAAGAAACGGUCCAUGGCGCGACCGCCUGGACACCGCGCGGAUGUUCGCGUCAUCGCGUUAUCUCCGGAUGAAACUUUCCUCCUCUCCGUCUCGCACUCGGGUGCGAAAAUCUGGGAUGCGGAUACUGGUAAAUGCGCGCGGACGAUUGAGUCCGGGUACGGAACGUGCGCGUUCUUUGCCCCGGACGGACGAAAUGCCGUCGUCGGAACAAAAGAUGGCGGCUUAGAGAUUAUAGAUUGUCUCGCCGGAACGAACUCGGCGUCGUUGCCCGAAGACGAAGAGAAGAAAAAGAAAAAGAAGAAAAGAAGCGAAGGAGGAGAAGACGACGACGACGAGAAAGAAGGAGCAAACGAGAAAGGUAACACAGAUAUCGUCGAUCCGUUGAAAUCGGCGCACGAAGGUCCAGUCUGGGGCAUAUGCGCUUUACCGGAUGAGUCUGGUUUCGUAACCUGUUCCGGCGAUAAGACGAUCAAGUUUUGGGAGUGGACGCUCGUCGCCGCGAAUAGAAAAGAUAAGAACGGCUUGAAGAAACUCACCGCGACGCACUCAAAGACGUUACAAAUGGCCGACGACGUUUUGAGCGUCUCAAUCACGCCAAACGGGAAACUGUUAUCCGCGUCUUUACUCGACAACACGUUGAAAGUCUUCUUCGCGGACACGUUGAAGUUUUCGCUCUCCUUAUACGGUCAUCGAUUACCGGCGCUGUGCCACGACGUCUCCUCGGAUUCCGUCUUAUUAGCCAGCGCGGGACAAGAUAAAAAUAUUCGCGUAUGGGGGUUGGAUUUUGGCGAUUGUCAUCGCUCCAUCCACGCGCACGACGAUUCUGUCAUGGCGUUAAAAUUCGUCAACAAAACGCACUACGCGUUUACGUGCGGUAAAGACAAACGCGUCCGGUAUUGGGAUUUAGAUAAGUACGAAAUGCUUUUGUCCAUGGACGAACAUCACAUGGCCGUCUGGACGAUUGCUAUAUCGACAACCGGUGCCUUUCUCGUUUCCGCCGGCGCCGAUCGGUCCUUGCGUCUCUACGAACGCACCAGAGAACCUUUCUUUCUCGACGAAGAGAAGGAAAAAAGGUUAGACUCCAUGUUUGAGGAUAACGCCGGCGUUGAAAUGGACGAGGAAGAUCGCAGAAACAGCGAACGAGUAAACUUGGAAAACAACAACGGAGACAAUACCGAUGCACUCAACACGACCGUCGCAGAAUCCGGCCUCGCCGGUCGUCGCACGAUGGAAACGCUCGAUUCCGCGGACAAAAUCGCCGCCGCGGUGGAUUUGGCGAAACACGAGCUCGAACGCGUCGCGGCGUACGAAAACGAAAAGCGACAAAGCGCGGACCCUUCCAAGAUGCCACCUCUGAAACCAAACCCGCUCCUUCUCAACAUGGAACCUCGUCAAUACGCCUUGUACCAAGUCAGUCAAGUCCGUCCGGCUGAGCUCGAACGUUCCAUCCUCUGCCUCCCGUUCCUUUACUGCCGCCUCCUCCUCGACUACCUCAAAUACUGGCUCGAGCGAAACGAAAAAGUCGAGCUGUGUUGCACGAUGACCAACUUAAUCGUCCGGUUACACUUCCAACAACUCGGCGCGACUCGAGAAGCUCGCGCGACUUUGGACGGUUUAAAACCGUUACUCCGAUCCCGAGCGAAGGAGCGCUUGGACGAUUUAGGAUUUAACAUCGCCGGGAUGGAGAUGAUCGAACGAAGCGCCAAGGCGAAAGCGGAUUUGACAAAAUAG